AAAACGGUAGGCAGUGAUGGUGGAUGACACCACCGAAAAGAGCAGGUCUCGUAUGUGGAAAACAGGAGUGACCAAGAUUAGAGAGAGAGAGAGAAAAGUAGAUUUUUACUUCAGAUCCCGAAAAAAGAAAAAGGAGAUAUACUUUUGUCCUUACGCCAUUGGGUCUCCUUAAAACACUAGAAGUUCUCAGAGAGCCAGAGCGAACAAAGACAAAUGGGGUUUUGGAGAUCAGUUGUGGCAACUUGGUUUCUUCUUGUGGUUUUGUGGUUUUUGAGUUCUGUUGUGGUUGCUGAUCCCUGUGAAUUUCCUGCAAUCUACAACUUUGGUGACUCAAACUCAGACACUGGUGGUAUAUCAGCUGCAUUUGUGCCCAUCUCUGCACCAUAUGGUGAGGCUUUCUUUCACAAACCUGCUGGCAGAGACUCUGAUGGCCGCCUGAUUAUUGACUUUAUAGCUGAGCGCUUGAAAUUACCCUACUUGAGUGCAUACCUGAAUUCAAUUGGGACAAAUUAUAGGCAUGGUGCAAAUUUUGCCACGGGAGGAUCAACCAUCAGGAGGCAGAAUGAGACCAUAUUUGAGUACGGGAUUAGUCCUUUUGCUCUUGAUAUGCAGAUUGUUCAAUUUGAUCAGUUCAAAGCUAGGACCACUGAUCUAUACAAUCAAGUGAAAAGUACCCCAGAUGCAGAAAAACUACCCAGGGCUGAGGAGUUCUCAAAGGCUCUUUACACAUUUGAUAUAGGCCAAAAUGAUCUUUCUGUUGGUUUUAGAAAGAUGAGUUUUGAUCAGCUUCGUGCAGCAAUGCCAGACAUCGUUAACCAGUUGGCAUCAGCUGUCCAACAUUUAUAUGAACAAGGAGGGAGGGCAUUCUGGAUACACAACACAGGUCCAAUUGGGUGCUUGCCUGUGAAUCUAUUCUAUGUAUCAAACCCAGCACCUGGUUAUCUUGAUGAGCAUGGCUGUGUCAAGGCUCAAAAUGAAAUGGCGAUCGAGUUUAACAGCAAACUCAAGGAGAGAAUUGUCAGAUUAAAAGCUGAGCUCCCAGAAGCAGCAAUAACAUAUGUGGAUGUCUACUCUGCUAAGUAUGGACUUAUUAGCAAUGCAAAGAACUUAGGAUUCGCUGGUCCUCUAAAGGUCUGCUGUGGGUAUCAUGUGAAUUUUGACCAUAUAUGGUGUGGAAACAAAGGAAAAGUGAACGAUUCUGUAGUCUAUGGUGCCUCUUGUAAAGAUCCAUCAGUCUUCAUAAGCUGGGAUGGCGUUCACUAUUCUCAGGCUGCAAACCAAUGGGUUGCUGAUCAUACACAGAAUGGUUCUCUGACAGACCCGCCAAUUCCUGUUACUCAAGCAUGUCGUCGGAUGUGAGUGUAGCAAGCAGUAGUCAAAACAAGGGGGUCUUAGUGUUGAAAGUGCCAUUAACAGAGUAGCUUCUUGUCAAAACCUAAGGUGCAAGGGUAAGGUUGCCAGUGUCGGUGAGAAAAGUCGAUCAAGACCUGGAGAACUUGUAUCUCAACUAGAGAGAACAGAUGAACAACGGGCAAUAAACAACUAUUUCCGUACUCCA